GGUAAUCCAGCCUCCUCUCCAAAAAGCGACAAUAUAAGCAUCGGCAGCUCGGCCUCCCGCAACGCGCCGCACGGCAACCACCAGACGUACACGCGCGCAGAGAGCAAGACGAGCAUCACCAGCGCCACCUACAUGGGGGGACAACUGAGCGCCACGGAGAGCAGCAGGGGAGACGACCUGCAUGACGAGACGGACUCGGAGAGGUCGAGCACCUAUGCAUUCAGCCGUGAGGGCUCCACGCGGUCCGUGGGAAAGGCCAGCCUGGGCACGGAGGAGGAGCUGGACAACAUCGACAUGGCCAUCAACCGCUACGUCAAGGCCUCGCACGCCGUGGACGAGGAACAGCUGUCCUCCCCCGACAGCGAAGGAACCUCGCUGGGUCUGCUUGAGUUCUCUCUACUUUACGACUCAGUCAACAACGCCCUCCACUGCACCAUCACGGUCUGAAGGCGAUGGACUCCAAUGGUCUGUCCGACCCAUACGUCAAACUUCAUCUUUUGCCAGGCGCAAACAAGUCGACCAAACUGCGCACCAAGACGAUACACAAGACCUUGAACCCAGAGUGGAACGAGUCGCUCACCUACUACGGGAUCACGGAGGAGGACAUGAUCCGAAAAACUCUGAGAUUGUCGGUGUUGGACGAAGACGCGUUCGGCUUUGACUUUAUCGGAGAGUUCCGACUGCCGCUGAAGCGAAUCAAGCCCCAUCAGACCAAGAACUUCAGCGUCUACUUGGAGAAGCAGCUGCCGAUGGAGAAGGACGAUGACCUGAUCCAGAUCCGCGGCAAGUUGCUUCUGUCUCUCCGCUACGCCACGGCCAAGCAGACACUGUUUGUGCGCGUCAUGCGCUGUGCCGAGCUCGCCGCCAUGGACUCCAACGGCUACAGCGACCCUUACGUCAAAGUGUACCUGAAGCCAGACAAGGACAAGAAAUCCAAAUACAAGACCAUGGUCAAGAAGAGGACCCUGAACCCAGAGUUUAACGAGGAGUUCCAGUACGAGAUCCGCCACAACGAGCUGGCCAAGAAGACGCUGGAGAUCACAGUCUGGGACAAAGACAUCGGUCGUACAAACGACUUUAUCGGCGGCGUUCAGCUGGGCAUCAACUCCAAGGGAGAGCGCCUCAAGCACUGGUUCGACACGCUGAAGAAUCCCGACCGGGAAUACCGCCGCUGGCACGUGCUCUCAGCGGAACUGACACCCGAGGUUUAUACCUAGGCGUGCUGUGUCACCCCACACACACGCACACGCACGUCUCUUGUGCUAGAUCUAGUGAGUGUUGUCCGCACGCUUGUAGUGACUCGUGUGUAGUAGCCCGCGUUGUUGCGCAGGUGGCGGCCGGUUUGUGUGAUCCUGGAC